AUGGAGUUUGGGAUUUAUCUUUCUUUUUGGAUGAGGGACCCUCUCCAAAUUGUCUUCACACCAUCUUCGACAAGCUUAUCUCUCUUAUAUACGGCUGAAUCGGCGAAGCCAGGGACAAGUAUGAACGGGGCAGGGUUUUGGUUGGACGGACGCAUGGAUGGCAAGCGAUUCCACUCUUUCGCUUCUUUCCCCUUGUCUAAAAGGGGAAUCAGAAGCGUGUUAUCGAUCGAGCAUAGCUGGCAUCGACCUCGUGGCGAGACGCGUUGGGCAGCACGUGCUGUUCCGCGUGCCGUGGUGAGCACGAGACCAGUAGCCUUCUACCCUCAGUCCAGAUUCCAAAGAUCGCAGUGCGGUGGUGCUGCGGCCAAGCCUCCAGUGAAACGAAGAAGUGGCCGGGCUGUUGCCCAGAUCUGCGACUUCUACGAUGACGGAUGCAUUGAUCCCCUCGCCCAGGUGUCUGUUCCUGUUGUCUUUGAACCUCUUUUCCAGACCCCGAUCCGUUUCUACUAUGGCUUCGAUGCGCAGGCCCCAUCGGAUCCUGAGCAGCAACUGCUGCCCGCAGCUGACCGUGGUCCGAUGAUCAAAGCGAGCUUUUGGCUGCAGUACGACCAGAACAGGGUUGGGAACCGCCCUAUUCACGCCAACCGGACGACAGAGAUUGCGCUGCGGGUAGGGAACCUCACGGGAUUUAGCGGCGGUGAGAACAACGGCUGUGACGGCGUCUGGGGACACCAAUGCUCCCAGAAUCUGAAGGCAUAUCUCCAAAAUUCCAUCUACAACCUCGCCGCUUCAGGUGUCUAUUACAACAGCCCUCUCGAGGCUGUUUUGCAGCAGAUGAGCCAAGCCCAGCCACCCCCGACGAUACCAUCCUGUCCUCAAUCCCUUUUCCAAGUCGGCGUCAUUCCCGUCGAAUCAUUCGUUGAAGAGAACGAACUGAAUCAGUCGAUAACAGUCGGUCUUCCCGGAAGCAGUGCCUUCCCAUGGAGGACGUGGUACAUCCGAAACAUAACUCCUUCGGAGCAGGCGGUCCAAGUGGCAGUCGGUAUCUUUUCGCGAGGGCCCAGCUGGGGCAGUGCUCCCUUGAACAGCGCCGACGAUGUGCAGAUCGAGCUUGUCUGUGUGCGGGCACCGCGGGAGCAGCGCCCUAGCAAUCUCAAUUAUGUUGAACCUGUCGACGAUGAGGAUGAGGAUGAGGAUGAUGAGGACUGUUACCCUGCCGCGUAG